UAAAAGGCAUUGACGCCCCCUUUCUACUUUCCAGGUUCCGCGGAGAGCAGCGGGGGGCGGCAGGUGGAGCUGAUCGAGUCUCUGCCCCUGUGGAACACCAGCUACCCGGGCCUGACAGUCAUCCCGGGGCCCAGACCCAUCGCCCCAGCCGUCUUCCUCCAAGGCGAGUCCCGGGAGGUUCGAGUGCCAGAGGCGGUGCAGAAGGCGGCGGCGGCGUUGCUGAGCGGGACGCGGGAGUUCACGAUGAUGGCCACGCUGCAGCAGGAGGACCGCAACGCCGGCACCAUCCUGGCCUUCUCGCGGGGCAACCAACGCUACCUGGAGCUGCAGUCAUCUGGCCGCAAGGACGAGAUCCGCCUCCACUAUAUUCAUGAUGGUGCUGUACACGUCGAAACCUUCCCCUACAGAAUCGCCGACCAGAGAUGGCACAAGGUCUCCGUCGUGGUGAGCGGGACACAAGUGGAGGUCUGGGUGGACUGCUCGCGUGUCUACCGCCGCCUCGCCCCGCCUCCCAUGACCAACCUAACAGCCCUGGCCUCGCUCGCACCCCCCGUUGACCCGGCCGAUCCCACGUUGAGUCAGGACCCAACCUUUCGCGACGCCCCGAUGGCUCUCUACCUGGGCCAGCGGAACGCCAAGCACUUUUUGUUCAAGGGAGCGCUACAAGACGUGCGCCUGGUGUCGGGCACGGGGGGUUACCUGCUGCAGUGUCCCCAGGCAGAGGCGGAAUGUCCUACCUGCGGCCAGUUCGAAGUCCUCUCAGAUCGCGUGGACAAGCUGCAGCAUCUCGUGGCGGAGCUGGCAACGCGGUUGACCGCCUCGGAGGCCCGCCUGGCAGCCGUCGAGGAGUGCGACUGCCAGAGGUCAUGUCGGGUCAACGGCACUGUCAGGCAGGAUGGUGCUAACUGGAAGAGUGGCUGCGAAAUCUGUUCUUGUGUGCAUGGCGAAGUAACUUGUCGACCAAUUCCAUGUCCUGCCAAGACCUGCAAGAACCCUGUCUAUACUGAGGGGGAAUGUUGCCCAGUCUGUCUGAAGCAAUGUUCGCUUCAAGGCGUUGUGUACGACCACGGAGAAACCGUUUCGCCGCGUCAGUGUGUUGACUGUGAGUGCAGAGACGGCAAGAUGCAGUGUCGCGGCGUGAACCCCGAAGAGACCUGCCCGCGCCUUAGCUGUCCCGAGGAGGAGCAGUUCACCGUCCCCGGCCAGUGCUGCAAGUUCUGCCCGGGGGUCGACUACUGCGCCCAGGGCCAUGACUGCCACGCCAACGCCACCUGCAUCAAUCUCCAGACCACCUACGCCUGCCACUGCAAUGAUGGAUUCACUGGAGUCGAUGGGCGGUCUUGCACAGAUAUCGAUGAGUGCCAGGUUGUCGGCACUCACCACGGCCACUACUGCCAGGCCCAUACCCAGUGCGUCAACACGGUUGGCUCGUACCACUGCCAGUGUGAGGAAGGGUAUGUGCGACAGGAUGCAUUUUACUGUGUGGAGCGCGAUGAAUGCCGAGAGGGAGCGCAUGAGUGCCACCAACACGCCUCCUGCACAAACACUCAGGGCGGCUACCACUGCACCUGUAACGCCAACUACACAGGCGACGGAUUUAACUGCAAACCAAUAUGCAAGACCCCCUGUGAGAACGGCGGGGUGUGCGUGGCCCCUGGGGUGUGCCAGUGCCGCCGGGGGUUCAGGGGUGCCACCUGUGAACUGGACGUGGACGAGUGUGCGCUGGGCAUCCACCGCUGCCACGCAAACUCCCGCUGCGUCAACCUCCCGGGCUGGUACACCUGCCACUGCCUGCCGGGCUACACCUCCCUCCUGGCCGACAACAGCCACCAGCUACUCUGUCAAGACGUGGAUGAGUGCAGCACCGGCACAGCCACCUGCCACGAGUCAGCCACCUGCGUCAACACAGACGGCUCCUUCCUGUGUACCUGUGACAACAACACCACCUGCUCCCACGGCUGUGUUGUGAAUGGCGAGGAGCGGCCGCACGGGGACGCCUGGACUCCACCGGGCUCCGAGUGUUCCAAGUGCACCUGCUCUGAGGGUACGGUGACCUGUGACCGCUUCGUGUGUGACUGCGCCGAUCCAAAGGUGGACCUGACGUGCUGCCCCCACUGUGAUCCCCGUGCCUCCUGCCCACACCAGACCCAGCCCAAUGUCACCUACCACAGUGGCCAGCGCUGGAUGUACCAGUGCCAGACCUGUGAAUGCCUUUACGGAGAGAUUGACUGCUGGCCGCUGGAGUGUCCGCCAGUGCACUGCUCCUCCCCUGAGCGUGUGCCUGGGGACUGCUGUGCCCGGUGCCCCAAUGACCCGUGCAUGGCCCUAGACACCCCCAACACCAACCUCACCACUGCCCUAAGGGAUGCCACACUCCCCCAGGGCUGCCACUACCUGGGGGCCGUCUACCCGCCCGGCGCUGAGUGGGCGGCACUCAACGACGAGUGCGUCACCUGCAAGUGUCAGAUGCCGUACUGCUGGGAGGGUGGAAGUCGGGGCGGCGCGGUCCGUGUCCACCGAGUGGACAGGUGUGUUGCCAUUACCGCAGCCGCUGUGUGGCUGGUGGGCCGUGGGCUGCCCUGCCAGCUCUCCUCGAUGGUGCUUCGUGGGACGGGCACGCUCCACUUCCUCCUGUGGGGCGUCCUGAUGUGCUUUAUAACUCCCCUCCUGCGGUGCUUCACCUUCCUGUGGCGGCGGCUGCUGGAGCCGCCCCGGGGGUGGGCGGCGCCCCCAGUGGCCUCGGGGCUGCCGGACAGAAGCCCGUUGGAAGCCACCUCCAUCACCCCCGCUCUCUCCGCGCCCCGGCGCCCACCCGACCUGCCCCACGCCCCCGUGCCCCCCUGGCGGCGGGCACCAGAGUCCCUUGGGGCGACCCUCCCCUGCCCCGUGAUGUGCCUCAGACAUUUGCCCCGCUGGGGACAACUAGUGAUAGUGACAUUGCAAAGACUAGUGUUAUGCCGGGCGACUGGCACCACAGACCUCUAUAUAAAAGUCCCACCUCAUGGAUACGAUCUCAAAAAGCACAAUUCUUCAGGGAGCGCCAAGAGAGGCAGAGAAAGAGUGAGCCAUGAGUUGAUAAAGGCGAGGAGCAACACAUGCCUCAAUCAAACCCCCAGCAGCGCGCCCCCCACCUGAGGGCGGCCGCACCCCGCCACACCACGACUCUCCAGCAGCAGGCCUCCCCGCCCCCGCCCCCGCCGUGCCUCCUUGGCGGGGGCCCCGCGAGGGUGCCAGUCAGAGGAAUGAUCAAAUCCUACUCAGCACUCUGUGGGAGCAGAUCUUUGUCAGUCCAGCAAAAAUUGUGCAUUACAAACCCCAGCCACACGGUUCCCUGUGUGGGGCGAAGCAAGGGUGACAUCCAACUUUACUCUAAAUAGCUGUUCCACAGUGAUUAAUAUUGUGCAGCUCUUCUUAACAAGUUGUAUUGUUCCCAAGCCCUUUGCAGCAGCAGCAGCAGCAGCAGCAGCAGCUAUAGCAAGUUUGUAGAUCCCACACUGAGGUCUGCUGUAUCUAGUCCGCCUCAGCUGUAGCCUUGUCUGCCUCUGCCUGUCAAGCGUUAGUCUUCCUCAAGUCGUGGUCAGUGUUGCGGUGGUCCUAGGGAGUGGAGCGCCCUGACUAGUGUUCCUGGGACUGUCUGUUCUGUGUCCCGAUUACCGGCUUAACGUAGACACUCGGGAUAGUGUGAAGCGGGUGCUCGGCGGAAUGGUUGUCUUGUACAUAUCAUGUAUAUAGCAGUUAGGCUCCUCAGGCCAGUUAUUAUUUUGAUGAUCCAAAGUGAAUGUUGCCAUAGCCCAGAUUACUUACCAUGAAGGAUGCAAAGACUCUUCUUCACUUGUUUUGUCUCUGGUCAUUCCACAUCCCUGCUAGUCAUGUUAGUCUUGUCCUCAUUUUGUUGCCUAAGGUACUGUCCUAUAGUGCAUUUACAACAUACGGGAAUGUACGUUCCUCUUGUCGCAUAAAUGAAAAUGUUGAGAUUUUAAAAGAGAUGCUCUCCUGCAUUAUAAUUAUAUAUUAUCAAGUCUCUAGUCAUUCCUAAUCAAUAUCGUGUAAUACCUGCUGGUUAAACUGCCUACAUAAAGAUUGGAAGUGAACUGAGUAAUGUUACCAAACACAGCAUUAGCUCUGUCUCUAUGUAUCUGUCUCAUCAGUUCUGUUGCAGUGACGUGAGAUGAGUCAGUCAGUCAGUCACUCAUGGUCGCUGGGUUUGCGCGGUGGCGCCUUACUCGGCCACCGCUGCCUGCGUCUCAGAGCCUUCCUUGGUUCAGGUGGAGUUGCACACACUCAGCACAGUGCCAGUCAGCGGGGCGCCCCUCGGGGCAGCCCCACACUACUUUUUGUGCUUAGUCUUGUGUUGAACUGUUUGUGGGUAUUCUAAAACUCUCUCAAUUCUCUAUAGAGUCAAUUCAUAUUUAUUUACUUCAGUUAUAUAUCCAAAAAUGUAAAUAAUAUAUAGUAAAAUAUCUGUAGAUUAAACUAUGCAAAAUAUAAACAUGUUACAAUUCCUGUAGUUGUCAAGUAGAAACUGACUCAGCUGAACGCUACACAGGACGAGGGUGUGGCGGUGAGCAGCCGGCGAGGGCGUGGGUGUGUGGGUGUGUCGCGGCCGGGGGAGGAGGCGGAGAGGACACAUGAGACUUAGCAGAUUAUUUUGCCUGAUGUGUUGUGCCCCGUUGAUACUUUGGUGAUUACUUUGUUUACUUGCCACAUUUCUUCAGUCAACUCCAAACAAGUGUGAAACGAGUCGUGCUGGGCGCCCCCCGGCAGCACGGGGGGGCGUCCUUUCCUUGGUUCAGUGGCACUCUGUUCCCAACAUGACAGCCAAAGAGGUUUUCGCAGAAGCAUCAGCCUAUAGUUUUAUUUGACUUUUCUUGAUACUCCCCAGGGGAUUCUCGUCGCUUUAUAUUACUGUUACUCUAGUGGGCCGCAGCGAGGGCACGGGAGGCAGCUCAGGGUGGUGUAGAUGCCAAGCAGUACGAAUUUCCAGUUAGUCAAGGGUGAUAAAGACAUAAUAAAAUAUGCAACAGUGUUUGUCAACUUUCUUGCUGAAUAACUUUGGUUGAUGCCUGUAGAUGUCACGCGGCGGACGGCGCAGGAACCGUCGCAGCGGUGGUUCCCAGCCCAAGGCCACGAAGCCCCGAGAUGGUGACAAGGUUAUAUUUUAGGGUCCAGUUGUACAGCAUUGUUUGUGAUAGUGAUUGGUCUGUGCCACAUGUUCACACAGUGUGUGUUCACCUUCACAUGCCAGUGAUAAUAAAAUACAGGAGCUUACAGUACUCAUGUUCUUCAAUGCGGUGCAGAGGGUCAGCUCAUUACUCUAAGUUUGGCGUGUCCAGGUCUGCCCAUGUCAGGUCGGGCCAGCACCCGGCCCUGCGAGGCGUGGCAGCCACGGGUGGGAAAUUGGAAUCACUCGGCUGGAGGAUCAACCCUUGUCACCGCGUGGUCCUCAGCGCUGAUCAGACAGCCGUGUGCAGGAAGCGCUGCCAGCCACCUGCUCCUUUGUUCAAUAUUGCAGACAGACAAGUAAUCUACAGGUAGCUGUUGUUGACAUCCACAAGAUGGUAUACAUUUAAUUUAAUGUAACAAAUUUGGCAGUUUUUUUACAAACUAGUCUUAGACAUAAUAUUCCAUUGUUCAGUCCUUACAAGACUCUUCCCUCCUGUCUCAUAUACUGUUAAUACAACGAUGAUGAACUCCUUUAUCUCAUGGUUUACCAAGUGCUUGUGGUCUUCAUUUCCAGAUAUAUAAGAUUUCUUUUGAACACCUUUUCAUUUCCCUGGCCACAAGGCCCGUGUCCCCUUGGUUAGCGGUGUGGAGCCCAUCUCAUCAGACUGUCGCUAGGAGAGACUAGUUAUAUGCCUAGUAAGACUGUUGAAUAAGGCUUACCACCCCACCCAGCCGGUACAUUACUGAGAAGUUCCAGACUCGUGGCCCGGAGACUUCUUCAAGUGGGCAAGGAAGGCUUUCAGAAGAAACAGGAUCCAAGUAUUCAUUGUUUAUUAGUUGUCUAAAUUGUCGGCUGUGUGACGGGUGACAGACACGCUCGGCGAGCCUGUCUGGGAAUGGUCCGAGCUUUAUGGUGUUAACGCAAAUUUGUCGUGGCUUUCACAACUUUUCGUCAACUCAUUUCAGUUGACGGUGAACACAUCACGAGAAGAAGAGGCUCCCAAAGUAUUAGUUAUGACACAUCGAGCACUGACUCCCAUCACUGUAACAAAAGAAAUACGUCAAAAAUUAUAUCGUACUGAAAAUAUAAAUACAAAUUGU